GCACAGGUGUAGCUCCAACCUGUGGAGUGGGUUCUCCGGACUGUGCGUGACAAACGGGACAGGUUUCUGUUUGACUAAUGCUCGGUUUAUUUUCUCUUUUCAGAGUUAGCUUAAGUCACUUUGAGUCUCUCCGUUUGUUUGUUUACUCGGACUUUCUCCGCUCCGUCUCUCCUCCAGCUGCUGAACACCUCAGUUUGCUCCCAGUAUGCAGUUUCUAACCUGCACUAACUUAUAUUCAGCACGUAUUAGUUGACAGCAGUGUUGUGUUUAAUUUUGGGGGCAUUUAAUGAGAGAUUUGGAGGAUACACACCUGUUGCACCCGCCUGCAUGCAGACCCCCAGUGGACUUGAUCCAGAAACCGAGGAUGAAAGCCUGAAAAAAACCAACAAAUUCAAGAAAAAUUGAAAGAAGUUCAAUCAGACCAGCUUUAAACUCUGGACUCAAGAUGGAGCGGAUCGAGCAAAGUGCGAAGUGUUUCCCUCUGCUUUUACUAAUUGGUGAGUUUCCAGUUACAUGAAUUUACAUGACAAUUCACUGUUUGAUAAAACAGCCUAACUUACUGUCACUGUGAGACCCUUACAGCGCCUUUGGGUGCUACUUCUUUAAGCUGUGAUGAUCAAAAUGUCAAAAACUGAGUGUAAUUUGAAUUUUAACCUCAUUAUGAUGCUUGAAAACAGUCAUUAAUGAUAGCUUCUGUUUAAAUACUGUUGUCUGCACCUAAACUACAUGACCCAGAGUAUGUGGACACCCCUGAUUUCUAAUCCACAUGUUGUCCCCAGAGACAAAAGUGUACUUUUAUACCACUCUUAUAUCCCUCUGUCUUCUAUAGCAGUAUGAUCACCCUCUGUUCUCAAAAGUAUGUGGACACUCCUGAUGGAAAGUAAACAUCAGUGUAUUUUUAUUUGCACGGUGGACAAAUGGCUAAACAUUUCAGGUGUUGUUCAACUUUUACACACUACACUCUUCAGCCACAGGUAGUCCAGACUCCAGAGUGUGUAUUCUUGAAUCUCAGGUGAUCAUGAGUGCUUUUAAAGGCUCCUUUCUUCCUGCAAAUGGAAAGCUAAGUGCUGCAGUCGACCUCUGAAGCCAAAGUAUGUGAACACUUAGGAUCCUGUGCAUGUGUCUCAUUGUCUCAAUGUGUGUGUGUCACUCGUCAAAGUACCGGCUGUUAUGGCUGUUGAGUUUUGGACGACCAGGUGCAUUGUUACACCUGUCUUCGUCAGUUUUGUCAUGAUUUGAUCCAGCAAAGAGAAACUAGAUACUUGUCCUGCCUGUAAUUGCGCGAUCUUGGCAAAAGUCAGUGGACAAUCCUGAUUUUGUUCAUGUGUGCUCGUGUAUUUUCUUUGUUUUUAUUUAUUUAAAUCCAAUUAUUCAAAGGCCCACAUGUCUGGUCGAUCGUUUUACGACACCUUGAAGCAUUUUAUUCAAUAAAGGAAAGACCUUAACAAAUCUGAAUUGUUGGGUUUAUCUAAGAAAGGACCAUUUUCUUGCACACAAAACCUUCUGCAUAAAAGAAAUGUUAUCUCUGGUUAUGUGUGAAGAGCAUGCACACAGUCCAGACCCCUCUUACACACCUUUGCGUACUGAAAAAAUAUCAACAAAUUGAGCUGAAUUUGACACAUUUUUGCAUCCAUGGUCAGAAAUUUUGUGGAAGUUGCAGAUGCUUUAAGAAACAAGAAGUUCAGGCUGUACAGACUUUAAGCUGUCCACAUCCUUUUGACCCCACGGCAGGUCUGUUUGUCCCUGCAGGUGUGGAGGAGGAAGAAACAGCAUAACAGAAUGCAGCUCCGUCGCAUUCUUACUUUGUCGUGAACGUGAAUCACGACUUGUUGCCCAACCUGCGUCUUCCUGUUUUUUUGUGACUAAUUCUGCCGCUGCUUUUGUUUCCUUCCUCGGUGGAGAUUAAACUCUCGACAAAACUGGAGCAGUCUGAUGCUCCAAUUAAAAGAGCAAACGCGUGUUUCAGACUGUUAUUUUUCCUCCUCCACCUGUAACCACAGGCAUGAUUGAGUUACUGUCGUCCUGAGUGAACAGGAAAAGCUUGUAUGGCGGCCUUGUGACGCUCAGGUGAACCCGUGUUUGUCUUAAGUGUGUGUGAAGUGUUUAACUCUUUCUAUUUGGUGUUUGUCUCUCUAAACUCACUCUCUCUCUCUUCUGUCUUUCUCUUUUUCCUCUCAAACUCCCCUUCUCCCUCGGUCCCUCUGCUUAUUUAGGUCACUAUCACUGUGGCUCUUUGUCACUGAAAGUAAACCCCUGUCUUCUCUAUCUUUGUGUCCUUGCUUUGACGGCGUCCGAUUCUCAUCUGUGGGAGCCCGGCCUGAAGUCUAAUCAUUGAUGAAGCUCAUGAAUCAGUAACCAUGAAGGAAAAAAAACGGUGUUAACCCCAGAUACCAAAGGGCAAAUGUUUAGUUUUUCCUCUUACGACCUUUUCACUCAUGUUUGCGCGUCUGUCCCACGCUGGGUCGAGGACUUUUCCACCAGGUGUGAUAAAAGUACACUCAGUCUUAGUCAUUCCAGUCGGCACUGAUGAUUGAGCGAAGGCGGCUCACUGAUUUGAGGCCGUAAAAAAAGACAAAAUAAACACGUGGAACUUGAGCUCUAAUAAAAAUCAUCUCAUCACGCCCUCAUGCCGAUAUUCUUUUUACGAUAAGUCACACUUAAAGCCCACUGUAAUGCUGCUAAUGUCCCCUGAAACUUGACAUAGAUGGGGAUGGACGUGCAAGAAGAGCAAGGAGUUAUCAAGCUAGUCCCUCAUCUCAAAAUACAACACCACUGUAUCUAUGUUGAACAUGUCAUGCACCAGUGUUACAGACUGUCAGGCAGCCACAGGUGGAGAGAGGAGAGCAGGGAGAGGAGCAGGAGGAGGCAGGAGUGUUUAUUUGUGCGCGCCUGAAAAGCCAAAGGACAGAAUGAGCACGAAGAGAGAGGCUGUACGAUCACAAACGUGCAUGAGCAUCAAUGAGACAGUGUAAUAAAAGUCAAGCACAAGUCUUGACGUUAUACAGAUGGAGACGAUUAAAUCGGCCAAUUUUAGCCCGUUUGAGACUAAUCGCAAUCAGCCAAAACUCGCCGAUUUUCGCUGAUAUUUUCAGAAAUAAAAUGAGGAGAAUAAGAUUCGGUUUCACUUUGAAAAUGUUCUGCCAUUCGAAAAGAUCCCCCGACUUAUCCUGUAGAUGGCACAGCGACCUCAUGACAAUCUUCAUCCACUAACUACCUCACAGCACAGCAGAGUGACGAUCUGAAGCAGGCAGCUCAGUAGUUGAAAACGCUUUUCUGGUCCGAGUUUGAUCAGUCGGUCUUCCCGUCAGCAUGAAGAGCAGUAACCUAAAGUAUAUCUACAGUAUAUAUAUAUUUUAUAUAACUCCAUAUCGGUCGGGCCCUAGUUUUCAAUGAUGCAGUUAAAAAAUAUGUUACUACAAGAGAAAUCUGACAUUUGAUUUAGUCAGUUUUAAAACUAAAAUUCAGCCAAAACUCUUUAAGUGAAGUGAAGAAGUGAUUCAGUAAAAGCCUUAUUCGUAUAAUCUAUUAAACAUUUAUAUCAGAGCACAGGUAGACAAAAGGUUUAUGCACCCCACACCACACCCCACACAUGCAGAUGGCCUCAGUUUGAUCCCACCCUGUGUCCUCUGUUCUGCAUCUCCCCCCAUGCUCUCUCUCUCCUGUUUUCUGUUCUACUGUUUUCUUUGAGAGUUUUUAAGUUUUAAAGGUACAAAAAUAAUCUGAAAAUUACAACCAAAUCCUUUCCAGUUUUAAAAAACCUGAUAUAACUCCAUCUCUUGAUUUAAAUUCCCCGAUAAAGCAUCAAAUCUCUCCUCUUGCUCUUUCUCGGCACGUUUCUCCACCAUAAAAGACAGAUUUCUGCUUUCAAAGAAAGUAUUAGAGCACUAUUGUUAAAACUGUUAGUGGUAUCAGCCUGCAGCGUGAACCUUUGUGUGUCUGUGUCAACACACAAGCAGGACAGGAUAGUCGGAGCGGUGUCUGCCCGUAGGUGAGAAUGUUAUUGUCUGUCUGCAAACAAACCUGUCUGGAGUUUACUAAACUGCUGGCCUGAUGCAUCGUGGGAUGAGGUUAAGUCCUGUCGGAUAUGAAACAAUAUGAGGAGAGUGAAAACGGUAAAAAAGAGCUGUUUGGAAGUGAAUAGAGAGAAUAAAAUCUGAUAUCAUGUCUGUAAACAUGACAUCUAUAAUCACUGACAUUUAAAAAUAUAGAUCAACAACAGUUUAGGGUGUUUUGUUUAUGGCCUUGAUUGAUUAAAAUAGUGCGUGGUGUCCCCCAGGGCUCUACCCGAGGACCACUGUAAUUUACAAUUUAUAUCAACAGUAUUGGUCAUCAUGUAUAGGUCAUCUAUGUGACUUACAAGAUACUUUGGACACCUUUUAUGAGUUGAAUUCUGAUAAACCAAGGCUCAUAAUGCUGCUUCUUCGAUGUUCCUGGUUUAUUGUGGUGAUGUUUUAUAAAUGCAUGCAUCAUCUUGAUGCCUUCACUCUCUGGAUUCUGUUUACCUUGGAGCUCUGAGGUUCAUUUAGACCAAAACACUGUACGCUCCAGUUGUUCAGCCUCUGCUGUCUACCCACAAACUAGAAUGCUACCAAAACCUAGUUUAGAUUUACGUGUGGAUAUGUUCCUGUACGAUUGAUAAAUAAUCAUGAUAAUGACAAUCAGUCAACCGUCUCCCUCUCUCUUCCUCCCUUUCCUCAGCUGUAAGUGUGCAGAGUGUGUUUGUGGAGCCUCCUAAACCCGUCACCUCCUUGCGCUCCAUGGCUGAGAGUCAGACCAGACUUCCCUGUCGCUACCAGGUGCAGGUCGGGGAGAAGGUGGUGCAGGUCACAUGGUACAAGGAGCUCCCAGGCGGCAGCAAAGAGCAGAUCAUCACAGCUCACUUUACAGACGGGCACACAGGUGAGCUGCAGUUAUAUAAGCCAGAACAUGGCAUCAAUACUGCUGUAGUUAACAGAUUAAAGAUGCAAUUUCACGUCUUCAUACUUUACAAUUAAAAGAGCUUAAAGUCAAACAGUCGUUUAUAUUCAUGCAGAGAAUGAGCGUCAGAACCAAACGUCACCGGUCACACCUUUCAUUCAUCUAAUUAUUAUUACGUCAGAUGACAAAGCGAUCAAGGCCUGGUCAUAUUUUGGUUUGCUUUCUUUUUUAUUUCUACUUUAUUUAUCUCAAACUUUAAGAACAACAAAAAAAAAAACAAGAAACAAAAACACCAAACAAAAUAAUACAUAUGUAGACCAAACAACUUGCAUGUCAAAGAUAAAUUAACACAACAUAUGUAUGUCAAAGUAAACAGUUCGAGAAGGAACAGAAUGAAGGAUUUUUUUUUGUUAGUUUACUUAUAUAAAUCUUUUAAUACUUCUAUAGUUGGUUUAAAUAUUUUUAUGUUAUUAUACAUGUUACUUUCAAACCUUUAUUUCAGCUCUUCAACAAUGACAAAUACAUAUUAUUGAACAUGGGGUAGCUACGUUCAUUUAAGAGGAAUCAAGACUUUGCAAAAGAAAGAAAAGAAAAACCAAAAUUCAUAGUCAGGUACAAAAAUACAUAAGUUACAAUGUGAAUUAGGACAUGGGGAUCAUACAUUCAUGACAUAUCAUAGAGAGGACCUCAAGGCUUCGUAGGAAGUCAUAGUUUGAAUCACUUUCUUAGUCCAGUUAGUGUUUUAAAUAAAUCUUCAUUUCAUUUUUAAAAUGGUGGAUAUUUAGUUUCUUUUUAGACCAUUUACAUUUGUAAAUAUAAAAUUUUCCAUACAAAGUAAAAAGGUUUAACAAAGAAAUAUGACUCCGGUCCAUGUUCUUGUUUUCAAAAUAAAUAAAUAGUAUCUCUCUUUUGCAGGUUUAUCUUACAUCCAGACGAUUCAGAUAAACUUUCAAUCUCAAUCAAAAAAAAUUUAACAUGCAUACAGUCAAAAAAUAAUGUACAAUUAUUUCUUUUUCAACGGUACAAAAUACACGAGAGUCCAAGAUAUCAGAUCAAUAUUUUUUAAGGAAGUGGUUAGUUGGAUAGAUUAAGUGAAUCAUUUUAAAAUAAACCUCAGUUACUUUAUUGUUGAUCAAAUAUAUUUUCUGUUAAAUCCAUACAUUCCAUCAGAAAGACCAUUCUAAAAACUUUUGGCACAUAUUUUGGUUCAUGGCAACUCUACAGCGUGUUAAAAUGACGUCACAGCUCAGGCCUGUGCAGCUCUGUAUUGGAGUUAUUCACCUGAGUUUGAGCGUCACUGGAUAAAUGCUGCUUUGUUUCUUUCCUGCUGCGUCAUAACAUAUGACCCUGAGCUAAUUAUUUUCCCGUCUUUGUUUUGUGGUUAAAAGUGUAAUUCAUGUGUGUAGAUUUGUGAGGGAUAAUGGCUUUCUUUGCUUUGUUGUGUCAGAGUUUGGGCGUUACUCCGGCCGGGUGAGGUUCGAGGGCGGGAGGCCCACAGAGAACUCGGCUCUGCUCAUCCCCAGCACCGAGCAGUCGGACGAGGGGAGCUACACCUGCCACAUCUCCACCUUCCCCAACGGGAACUUUGAGCGACAGAUCACGCUCACCGUCUGGAGUAAGAGUUCUGCUUCUUCCUUCUCGUACACACCUUCUUAAUCCUGUCAGAGCUGCAGUAAUGAUGUCUAGACUGUAAUCAUCUCCAUUGAAGGCACUGCCAACCAGGGGGUGAGCUGCAGGUUUGCCGACGUGGCCAUGAACACUCAGUAAUGGGGGUAUUUUAGGGUUUUAGAGUGAAAAAGGGGGCCUCAGAGCAGUUUUGAUGCAGCAGCAGGUAACACAAAAUCAUCAACAAAAAGAUGAUUUCCCAGCAUGCAUGAGGCGUUUUGGUGAUGCAGUGGUAAGAUAACAUCACAGCUGUCAAACUCCUGAGCUGAUUUAUGUCAAAGCAGCAGGUGCAGCAAACAGUUUCAAGCCACAAGUUUACCAAUUUUUGAUGCAUUACAAUUACAUUUCAUCUCUUUUGCAAAAGAAUCACUGAUUUGCACCCAAGCCCUCGAUCCUGAGACUUCCUGAGUACUUCUGGAGAAAUGCCCUUGCAGUUAAACAAGUCUGUUCAGUUACGACUCUCUUUUAGAUUUCUCGUGAAUCUCAAAGCAGUAAAUUCAUUUGUGCAAAACCACAGAUAAAUAUGCAUCAGACGAGAUGUUCUGCAACUUUCCCCGAGUUUCUGCUCGACCUGAAAUUUCAAGUGAGCUCUUCCUCUGUGGAAAGCGUCCAAAAAAACCUUAACCACUCCUGUUUCCAAAACAGAUCAAAUAUGUCAAAUCUUCAUCCUGACUUGUGAAUUGUGUCACCAUCUCGUUGUUACCAUAAAAGUAACUGUGAGAAAGUCGUUCCCGAUGAAUCUCUCCUGCUGUUAACCUGCAAUCAUGCUCUCCGGUCUUAAUGACUUAUCACUUUGCUCCCAUUCAUCAGUUGGUGACAGUUCGGCUUGUCCCAACACGCCUCGGAUCAGAGCGAGUCAACAGAAAAACACUAACUGACAACCUCCAGCUCGGAGUUGUCUCUGUACGAGUGGAUCUCAGACUUUCUCACAUGAUUGUAAUGAAGGAGAGCUGAGCCUGCAGGACCCUUGAGGGGAAAAAAGUGAGACACGGCUGCUCAAAGUAAACAUAAACUAUAUUUUUUUACACCGUUCCUUCUGUGGGAAGUUGUGUAAACUCUUAAGUGAGAUGUGAUGGAACAGAAAACCAAUGUGGCGCCCUCUCUGUGAGAUCCAGAGAUCACCUGUCAGUCAAACGCUCAUGAGGUCAUGUCUUUCUGGAGUUUCUGUUUAUGAAGAUUUAACUUUUAAGACCUUUUCCUGCUAACGCUAACUACCUGUUUGGUCCUUAAUAAUCCAAAACAUCAGCGGAAAGACUCAGUAAGCUCUGAGAGCGUUUACAGCGCCGGAGGACGUGAUGACCGGGGUGUGAAUCAGAAUCGUGUUGAACCAGUUGAAGACAGAAGAAAAUGACACAUCAGGUUUUUACGUGUUUUGUAAGAUCGUUGUCUUCUUCCACAAAUUGUGACUUCAUGACAAAUUUCUGGUUGGAAAUCUGUCCCCUUCAAUCCCUCCAUCAAAACUCUCAGAGUAAUUGUUGAAUAAUUGUUGAAUUAUGACGACUCUUGCUCAGACUUGUCUCUGACGCACAAUGACAACGACGGAAACAAUAACUUUCCUCUUAGAUAACUUCACAUGGAGUCAAAUCGGUUUAAGGCAGGCUUAAAGCGGUAUUAAUUAAACCUUAAUUCACUAAUAGAGCCUAAUUAUAGGGGAGUUUCAUAACAUAAGAGGUUUGGAUCAUUGUCUUUAAUGCUAAUCCUUUUUUGUUUUGGUUUUGAUAAAAGAUCACAUGAUGACAAGAUGAUAAAGAAACUCUUUGAGGACAUUUACACGGAUCAGAACCUGCUCCAACACAAAUCCACAGUUUAACAUCAUACAGACAGAAAUAGUCUAAAUAAAGUGAUAUUUAUACUCAGAAUAAACAAAAUGUAAGGAUUAAAACUCUGCUGUAACCCUAGAAAACAAUCGGAAGCUGCUGAUAUUAACUCCUAUUUACUGAAGUCCUGAAAACCAGUUCUGAUAACAUCGCCUUGUCUCGAAUGUUCUCAGCCCAGACUCAGAUUUUAAGCCGAGAAACUUUCCAGUUUUAUGAGAGGAAUGUGAAAACAGCUCUGAAGUGUCAAACUGGAUCAAUCAGAGGAGUAAAUGACAAACAUCAAAGUGCGGUCACAUUGAGGGAAACACAUUUUUGAGUGAAAGGAGAGUUUAAAUCUUUAACUCCACUGAGCGUUUGUAACCCUAAACUCUUCUCCUCCUCCGUCAGUUUUACCCAUCUCCUCUCUGGAGCCCGUCAUCCUGGUGGAGGGUCAGUCCUUCCGUUUGGCCGCCUCUUGCCGAGCUGUGGGCCGCCCGUCUCCCCGCCUCGCCUGGGACACAGACCUGCCGGGUCAAUCCACGAACCGCUCCAAUGUGGGCGGGUCGGUGUCCAGCUACUACUCCCUGCACCCUCUGCGCAGCAUGAACGGGAAGAAGCUGGACUGUUUGGUUUGGCACCCCGGCCUGGAUCAGCCGCGUAGGAUCUCCAACUGGCUGGUGGUUCAUUGUGAGUACAGAGACCGAAGCAGACUAAAAGAGGAGCUACUUUGAAAUAGUUGUGUCGGAAUAAGUGAAAGUAAAAGUAAAAGUUUCUCCUAGAUAUUCUGCACUUCUUGAGCAACCUUAACAACUUCUUAACUCUUUUUUUCCUCCAUUUGCAUUUUUUAUUGUCUUUUUUUAGAAACUUCCACAGCAGCAAGUUUAACUCCUUAUAUUUACAAACUUUUAGAGAAAUGUUGACUUGUGUGAACACAAUCAACAUUUUCCCCUCUUGGCUCUCGGCAAACUGUUUUAGCUCCUCCUUUUUUAGUCUUACUUCAAUCAAUGACUUUUAUUUCCCCCUCUAGAUAUUUGCACAGCGUAACCUUACUUGUGGGAAAAACUAAAUGGGUGACAGUCGACUAAACAUUAGACAGUACUGACAGGUUUGGGAAAGUUCAGGAGUGAUGAGGCUUCCUCUAACGUCGCUGGUGGUGCAGACAGGGAGAAGAAAAGCUCAGUGUUUAAAGGGGAAAACCAGCUCUUUGUGCAGACGAGUAAACAGCAUAAUUGGAGUCAAGUCACACGUUUUUGAAAAAUUCAUAAAACUGGACUCUCAACUUCAGUUUGAUUCAAGCAAAAAGACUUUUGAUUCUCAAAUGCCGAAAUUUAAAAAAAAUCCUGUAUCAUGAUAACUGACAGAAACCCAACUUAAUUUUUGAAUCAGUCUUGCGGCUGGUUUCAUGUCCUGAGCAGGAGGAAGGAGAUCCUCCUGUUAGAUUAGAUCAGCGGCCGAUAAAAACUGAUAAAACAACAAAUCAGUGUAUAAACAGAUACUUCUUAAUCCUCUUGUGUGACAUGUUUAUUUUAUGAAGCAGUAUUUUCUAAACUUGAAAAUGUCCUGGACAAACUUGAAAUCGAUCAAUAAGAUUGGACUUCACAUUGAGGCUCCUGUGAGGAGUUUUUAUGUUGAUAAAAUAAACUAAAACUUAUUUUAAAACAUUUUUAUGAAGCACAAAAGCAAAAAAACCAUCAACAGCAAGAUUGAAAAUUUCAAAAUAUUCUCAAUAAAUGAUGCAUUUGACUCUUAAGAGUCUGCAGGAUAUGAUUUUUUAUUUUUAUUUUUUUUGUAAUUGGAUAAGAAAAGAAAAAACAGCUUUGUCCACAGGGGGCGCCAAAGAUGACACAAACAGAAAGUCUCUUACAGAAGUUUAAACUCUGACCAUCCCCUGAGACUAAAAUUUAGUGUUUUCAACAUUUUAUAUGCAGAAAAUUAAAAUGAAACAUUGGCAAAUGUAAAAUGAUAAUGCAAUGUAAAACAUAAUUACUUUUUUAUAUACAUUUAAAUAUUUACAGCAAAAAAACGAGAAGAGAGUCAGUGCUCUUCGUCAUAAACUGACUGAUCCUGUAAAAUUCCAUUAAAUUUAAUUAGUGAAAAACUAAUUACAUAUCCAAUCUCAAAGUAUGUCAAAGUUUGACAUCUCAACUAAACUUUAGGACUUGCAGAAAAUGUUAAAGUUUGAGUGUUCAGCGUAUAAAAAUCUGUUAGUUUCUGAAGCAGCGUCAUAUUUGUCUAAUUCGAGAUAAAAUCAGCUCUGCUCAUGCCUCUGUUUCUGUGUCAGACCCUCCAGAUGCCACUAUCACUUCCGGUACAGACGACUGGUUUGCUGGUUUGGAGAAAGCGGAGCUGGUGUGCAGGACUGGAGGAAACCCCAAACCUGAUAACAUCACCUGGACAUGGUACUAUCAUCAGCCUGUCUGCUGCUCACACACAUAUCUAUAGUCUGAAUCUGUCUUCACCCGACAAUUACAUGUUAAUUCAGCGUGCUGCAACACAAUCUGUGCUGUUAAACUGUUCUUUACAUGGCAGAGGAAUGUGUCUCCAAACAUAAAUAGGCCACGGUUAACACCUACACACACAGACUACACACCUGUGAGCAACAAAGACGUGUGCUCGAAUCUAAAGGAGGAUGCUUUUCUCCCUCGGCUCGAUUCACAGCAGAAUAAAAGCUCAGGUGUCGUGUUGCCGUAUUUAAAGUUAGUGAGAGGAAUAUUCUCACAGUGGAGAGGGUGUAUGCGACACGAGGAAGAGCAGGAGACAAAUGCUAAGCACUUAAUCAUAGAGCCAUGCUUUAAAUAUCACUGUAAUGCCUGCUAAAACACAGGGUCUGUACUUUAAUUAGAGACACCGCAGCAGCCAUUACAGCUGCGACUGAACACACAAUGAUCCAAUAUUGUGAGCCGAGUGAAAAAUGUUUCACACAUGAGACAAUCCGGACAAUAUUAAGAUUAUCUGGAUUAAACCUUUUCAACUCCACAGACCUUUCGGCGCAUACAUCGGUACAAACUUGUACUGUUUAGACAAGAUUAAAAGAGGAUUAUUUUAAUGCUGCAAGAGAAAUGUAUUACCGUUCAAGCAAAUAUGGAGGGUUGAGGAAGCUGCUUUAAACCACAGCUUUACGACUAUAGAACCAUUUACUUUACACUGAAUGGAAGUUAAACCACAGGAUGAGAUAUGAUAUGAUAAGAUAUAUGAUAUGAUAGGACUCUAUAUGAUGCACUAUGAUAGGAAACAUUCAUACAAUAUGCAAUGAUAGAAAAUAUGCUCAUACAGUUGGAUUUGAUAUGAUAUAAUGUGGUACACUAUAACACUCUGUAAUACCAAAAACUACGAUAAGGUUUGAAAGGAAAGAUUUGACCCAUACAACAUGAGUGACUGUGGCAAGGAAAUAUGAUAUGAUAUGGUAUGAUAUUACGUGGUAUGAUUUGAUAUGAUACACAAAAAUAUGACACAAUACAUCACAUAAUAUGAUACAAUAAGACAGGACAUGUAAUGAUAUAAUACACUAUGAUACGUCACGAUAUGUUAUGUUAGGUCACAAACAUCACAAUAUGUCACGUCAUGAUAUGACACGAUACACCAUGAUACAAAAAUGCCACAAUACGUCACAUUACGUCACAACAUGAUAAGAUAAGUCACUUCAUAUCAUGACAUGAUACGAUAUGAUAUGAUACGCCACGAUAUGUUAUGUUAGGUCACAAACAUCACAAUAUGUCACGUCAUGAUAUGACACGAUACACCAUGAUACAAAAAUGCCACAAUAUGUCUCAUGACGUCACAACAUGAUAAGAUAAGUCACAUCAUAUCACGACAUGACAUGAUAUGAUCUGUCAUGACACCACACCACACCACAUGAUACCCUAUGAGACAGUAUGUUGGGGGAAAUAUGCACAAACCACAUGAUAGGCUUUGUCAGAAAGUGAUAAGGUAGGAUAGGUGCAAAGAUUCAAAUGAUUAUAUUAAAUGAUAAAUGAUAGAUAUUAAACUACCUAAAAAAACAUGGUGAAUAAUCUGUAAGCAGAAUUAUCACAGUAAACAGCUUUAUCAGAGGUAACUCAUUCCUCCUCAGUGCUGUAAAUGUUAGUUUAAGACAAAGAUUAGAAACAGUCUGCUAAUCUAAUUCUGCUUUUACCUCCAACACUCUGCACUGACGGUCUUUUGUGGUGCUUAGAGCGGGUUGCAUGCAGGGAUGAUAAAAUACGCUGAAUUUUAAUGUAUGUGUUGUUUUUAAAAGAUUGUUCUAAGUGGCUAAUUUGACUAAAAGAGGACUAGUUUUGGUUUUCACAAACUAAAGAGUUUGAAUCUGCUUAGAGUUUCAGCCCUCUGCCCAAAGGUAACAAGAUAUCCCAACCUGCAACCUGUUUCAUUGAACCAGAACUCCUCGAAUCUUUUUGGCUGCUGAAGGUGGAUUACACGCCUCAUCUUUAUCGUUUUCAACCAUCUACUCUGUGUCAGAUCCGAUCUCCACCUGUGACUCUGUGAUAAAAGGCUGGUGAGAGGAGCUAGGUGGGGUUUUGGAGAGAAGAAAUCUGAGCCUGUUCCAGUUUUUAGGAGGGGGGAGUGAAGCUGGAGCUUAGAAAGCUGCUGCUGCAGCACAGUGAAACCAGGAGCAACAUGAGCCUCUCUGUGGACCUGAUCAGAAACUGGCGCUCCAUUAUGCAGCCUGUGAUUUCUUCAGCUGCACAGUGUGGGAUUCAGUAGCUGGAGUGGCUUAAAUCCUUGAAACCUGCUAUUUAUCGGGCCUUUUCAGAUCAAUGGGCGCCAACUCUGAGCUCAGCAGGUUUUGGUUUAGGCGCAGGUGAAUUGAUGGUUACACUACUCUGCGCUGAAUCUGAUCCUGUGAGGUGUUCAAUCCACCAGAAAACUUCUGUAAUUCAACACUUUCAUGACAUAUCGAUGUUCUCCCUGCUGUGACACUUGCACAGAAAUACUUUGACAUGGGUUUGCACUUUGUUUACUUCUUUUCUCAAUCUUUAAAAGUGACUCACGGCUUUUGUUUCGAACACUGACUCAUCCGUUUUGUAUUUAUUAACCUUUUGUCAACGUCUCUGACGCAUCGUUUCAAAUCAAUGCUGACGUUCACUUCUGAUCGUCUCACAGGAGAGGAGGAGCUCUGCCGGAUGGGGCGUAUGCGAGUGGAGAGAGGCUUGUGUUUGGGCGGGCCCUCCGCAUGAAUGACAGCGGGGUGUAUGAGUGUGUGGUCAGGAACGACGUGGGAGUGGGGAAAGCAGAGCACAUAUUGACAGUAACAGGUAAGCUGGGAUUGAGGAAUUUCAGCGCAGUGGGUGAUGAAAACGUGAAACUGAGCUGCUACUUGUUGGUGUUUUAGAGACAAAUCAUGAGACAAAAAAAAUCAGAAAAAUUCUCCUAUUGAGUUUGAGUUGUUGUACAUAUUUGCUGCCCCCUAGUGGCAAAUUAAAGACACAUACACAUGCUGUAAACUCAGUUUGGAUUAAGACUGCUGUGUGCAACUUUUUCAUCCUCCUUUCCUUUCCUCCAGGAACUCCUCGAAGUCCUCCCAUCGACAACCAGCUGCUCAUCAUCAUCGGAGCUGCAGCCGGAGCUUUGAUCAUGGUCCUGGUCAUUGUUGUCCUGCUGGUCAACCGGUACCACCGACACAGGAACAGGAAACUGGAGAGGGAGCUUAGUGAGAAAACGUACGCUUGUGUGCAUUUCUUUGAAACCCAAAAACUGAUCACGCUAGAAAUCCACUUGGAUCAAUUUCUAGAAAAAUCCUCUGAAUUCUCUGUCGUCUUUUUUUCCCCCCAGCGAGGAAAUGAACAGCUUCUCCAGACAAGCCUCCUUCAGGAGAGUCAACUCAGUGAGCACGGACUCCAGAGUGCCGGUACGAACACACACACAAACACACACUCACGCUGAGAACAAUCACCUGCAGAGUUUACUCACAGCCCCUCAGGUCGGGCGUAGCCGGGGUGGAGCCGCCGUGAUGAUUACAGGCUGCUGCAGCUUCAGAUAAACAACAUUCAGAGUCUGAGCUCAGUUAUCAUUAACGCUGCAUCGAGGUUGACUCAUUUUAUCGAUCUUUUGUGCUCUUCUUCUCUAACUUUCUCUCGCUCUGUGCAGGCCGAGGAUUACGCGACGAUGCUGAGGGUAGACAGCCGAAUGAAGAACAGUGAGAUGUCUCUGGUGAGUUUCUGACCCGAGGGUAAACCCCCCUCUCCCCCUAUCAAGUCUUUGCAAAAGAGGGGGGGGUCACACACACGGCCAGAAGGGAUGAAGAUAGUUAGAAAGAGUUCAUAAUAAGAUUCAGUACAAUAGAAUCAAUCAGAAUAGAUGUAACACACAGAGUUUUACUGAUCAGGUAACAUCAGGUAGGAUUUAAUCUAAGAACCUCCCUCCCCCCGUCUGUGUUAUUUUAUAUGUAAAUUGACGGCCAGUUCUUCAAUUGUUGAUGCCUCUUAAAGUUCCUGGGAGCUCUUUAAGGGGUAGAUCUUUUACCCUGGAACUAAAUCCAGACGCUUGUUCCUGUGGUCGCAGCAUGCAGAGUUCCUGGAGAAGGUCCUGGGGGAAAUUCCUGUGGUAAAAAGCACCUAAAGCCGCUGUCAGGAACUUUUUGUUUGUGGCGAUUUUGGCGCCCCCUGUGGACAAAGUGAUAGAAUACUUUAUUUCUUAUUCCUUUUUAUUACUAGGUGAUGCAGGACCGAUUAUGACAGGUGGUUGAUAACAUAUAUACAGUGCAAACAGACAAUAGAGACAAAGGAGGGAGAAAAAAAUAAUAAAGUAAUAAAAAUAAUGAUAAAUAACCAAAAUAAAAUAAUAAUAAGUAGGUAGGAUAGAAGACUUUUCUGAAGACUCUCUGCCUUGUUGCUAAUAGACUUGUUUAUUUCUGAAGGUUAUGUAAGCAUUCGUUUCAGAUGUUUCGCAACCUGUUAAAAUUUCGCUUCAGUGCCUUUAAUAGAUGCUAAUCACAUUUUUAGAGAUCUGGAGCAGACAAAGGCUUGUGCCCCUCCUUAGAUCACUGGUGACCCUCCAGGGGGCCCAGACCCAAGGUUGGAAACCAAUGGAAGAGGGGGAGGCUCGGUCUCAAGACACUUUUUGGUUUUUAAAGUUUAGGAGGCUGGUGUGUUUUCUCUGAUUUUUACCAGCUGUUAAAAUAAAUCUACGGAUCCAGGAAAUAAUGAGUUUGAACAACUUUGAAACUCUGACUAUCAAAGUAAUAAAAGAAGUACUUUUAAUCUAUAGCCGUGACAUUUUAUGAAUUAUAACAGCAAAUAAGAUCAACAUCAACACCACCGCGGUUUCUACUGUGUCAUUUUAAAGGGGGAGGUUUCAGGGACAGCUCAACUAUCAGGUUAUCUCUGCAAACACUUGUUAUCAGUGUUGUGACUGUUUGCCUCUCCUCCCCCGCCUGCAGGAGCGUCCCAUCUACAAAGGCAGCCAGUCCACUCUGGGCGGGAAGUGGGGGCCCGGAGGAGGGGUGGACGUGGACGAACUGGGGCGGCCCGUCGUCUGGGGCGACGGCAGGGAGAGCCUGAGAGGAGCAGAGAUGGACGGAGAGAAGGAGGAGCGCAGGAGGAGGGUGGAGUCAUACCUGAAGAGCAGCAACAUGUCGCUGGUAUGUGUCAGAGAUGAGGUCCAAGUGUCAGAUCUAGCAGUCAGAUUCUAGAUUGAAACGCUCCCCCGCUCGCCCCUUUGUUGGUGAAAGUCCAGAUUCCAGUUCUUCUUCAUGAGGAUUUUCUAUAUUCUGGUUGUUAUACACCAGUUCAAAAGUCCGAACACAUCAUAAACCGUUUCUACCAAGACUUUUGGAUCUUGCCCCCAGUUAAGUUUACACAAAAAAAGAGGUAUCAAAUGUAUCUAUAUCCGUUUCUACCAGGACUCAGGUCUGCCUUCUUCCCUGGUUCCCCUGAAGGCCCAGCAGGAGGACGGCGUCAGCCCCAGAGAGCCAGACCAGGGCCAGCCCACAGGGGGAGACCCUCCGCCUGAAGAGGGAUGGGCCUCCACCCAGUCAGCGGAGGAGGAACAAGAUAACGACGACACUGACAGCAGCUCCUACCAGAUCUCAGAGGCUCUCACCAACCACUUCUACUACAGUAACGGGGUCCUCAGGCCCAAACCGCACUCCAACGCCAUCCUGCUGCACCCCAGAGGUCAGAUCAUCUAGAGCACAGACUCUAACCAUGGACAGAGAGAAAACACGAGAUAUGUGUUUCAACCAUAUGGACCACGGUGGGAAAAACGCUAAGAUCUGACCAGAUUUAGACUCUUUCUGACCUUUGAGUUUAAAUAUUUUAGUCCAUCCUUAAAUAAUUUGAAAGUUUUGAAGCAUUUUUAGUAAAUAGGACGGUGGAGAUACCUGAAAAAAGAUGGUAAAACAGAAUAGGUGCCACUCACACACACUCAAGAUGACUGGAACUUUGGGUACGUUCAAUAAUUAGGACGUGUUUUUAUCUGUUAAUGUUUUAAAUUCACUAGUGGAGAUGUAGAUGCCCAAUCAGCUCCACUCUUCACGAACUAAACCCCGGAUCUGCUGCUUUUGGGAUCUUGGUGUCCAGGUGGAUCCCGCUACCUUCAAGUCGCUUGUUUACAUCCAAGACAAACAAUUUCUAAGAUCCAGUUCACCCACUAGUGAAGAGUUAAGUGCACUCAAGAUUUGCUGUGAAUAAGAAGCUUUUAUAUGUAAAAAAGAGGAGUUUUUAGGAGCUUCUGUAUGUUUGAGUCAAACAGCUGUUACCCAGAGGACCUGCAGGACAAAAUGUGCAAACUGGAGUUUGUUCAUGCAUAAACACAGAAAACCUGCCUCCUUACAGACCACGUCUGAACCAUGUCUGUGUUACCUGUGAACAUUCGCAAACAUGCAGAAGAGGAACUGUACAGCACCACUGUGUAUCUACAAGCCGUGUAAAUGUCUUUGUGUACAUUAUUUUAUAUCCAUUCAGUGUUUUUGUAUGACGCUCAGAAACUGGUGUGUAAAUGCUGAAAUGUUUAUUCAUAAAAAUACAGCAUCAAAACAAA